UUGCAAAGCGGAAAAACGCAAGCGGAGCAGAGCAUCACAGAUAGUAAACUAACAGACGCAAUACUUUCCGUGAACUUAGUGGGGAAGUUUAGUGAAUAGGCACUAGCCCCAUCGUUAAAUCCUUCGCUUACUACCACUACUUAGACUGGCACUUCCUUCGCGCUCCCCAAUUUCGUGUUAGCUGGUAACUGAAUCCGAAGGUUGGAAAUCAGCUUGCAUCCGAGGAAAGUGCGGAGACUGUGCGCUUAAAUUAAUAGCUUUCGCCAGGAUCGAGUGUAUUGCCAUUACCUUUGCACCUCAUACUAUGGUGACUACCCCAAAAAUGGAGCUAGAAGGUAGAGAAAAAGAAAGUAUAGUUACUCAAGUUAGCAUUGGUGGAUUUGAUGGUCAGAUCAAAGCAAAAGAUCUUGUGUCAUACUUGGAAGAGAAAAUUGGACUUGUAGAUAGGUGUCGGCUGAAAACUUCUUCGACCCCUCCAGAGUCUUAUCCAGAUUUCACGAUCACUGAAACAACAAAUAUUGAAAGAACAGAUGACUAUAAGAAGGUGGUACCUCAUGCAUUUGUGCAUUUUGGAUUACCUGAAUAUGUAACUGAGGCAUACAAUGCUGCUGGCCGCUGUGAUCUAUUUUGGCAGAAUCAAAAUUUAAAGGUUAGCUUGGGACCUGAAAAUCCAUACUUCUUAAACCUAAGGAGGAGAACCACAACUCCUUUUAAGUUAUCUGAUGUACGUGUUGAAAUCGGGAGUUUGGUUGACCCAGAGAACUUCUAUGUUGCCUGGAGAGGACCUGAUAAAGGGGUCAACUUUCUGGUAGAUCCAUUUGAUGCCACAUGCAAAAUAUGUUUCAACAAAGAUGUUGUUUUCUCUUUUAAAGGUAUGGAGAAAAAAGCAGUGAUCAAGUGCAACUUUCAGGUGGGAUUCUUGGUCAGAGAUAUACAUGAAAUCAAGAGAUAUGAUGAUACGUCAUCUGCAUCUUUAGUUAUCUUAUUACAGCUGGCUUCGUCACCAUUGGUUUGGUACAGAACUGCAGAUGAUGACAUUGAAGAGUCAGCUACACAUGUUUUGCUAGAUGAUGAUGAUCCGUGGAUCAGAACCACAGAUUUUACUCCUAGUAAGGCCCUUGGCCGGUGUAGUUUUUACAGAAUUUCUAUGCCAGUAAGGUAUCGUAUGAAAUUGCUGAAGACCAUGGAGUAUCUAAAAGGCCAAAGAGUCCAGGAGAUUUCACUUAAUCGGCCUAUUAGAAUAAUGAAUGAACCGUUUUAUGGGGUGCCCUUGUCAGAUCAUUUCUUCAGUAUUCAUUUCCAGAAAGGCAUCACCUUUGACAUUAUGUUUUUGAUUAAUGCAAUUUUGCACAAAGGCAUAUUCAAUCAACACAGGUUGUCGGAUGGUUUUUUUGAGCUGUUGAGAAAACAGCCUAAGGAGGUCAAUGUGGCUGCACUCAAGCACUUGUAUUCUUACAAGCGCCCCAUAUUUGAUGCAGCCAAGAGGCUUAAAAUGGUGCAAGAGUGGUUGCUUAGAAAUCCAAAGCUUUACCAAAUCUCUAAACAGUCAGAUGAUAUUGCAGAGGUUCAUAGACUCAUCAUCACUCCAACCAAAGCAUAUUGCCUGCCACCUGAAGUUGAAAUGUCCAAUAGGGUUCUCAGGAAAUUCAAAGAAGUUGCAGAUCGGUUCUUGAGAGUCACAUUUAUGGAUGAAGGCAUGCAGACAAUCAAUGCAUCUGGUCUAAACUACUAUGUUCCUCCAAUAGUGAAGGAGAUCACCUCAAACCCCUUCCCGCAAAAGACUAAUAUAUAUAGAAGGGUGAAGACAAUUUUGGAAAAGGGUUUUCACUUGUGUGGCCGAAAAUAUUCAUUUUUGGCCUUCUCAUCCAAUCAACUACGGGACCGUUCUGCAUGGUUUUUUGCAGAAGAAAAGAGCAUAACUUGCGAUCGCAUAAGAGAUUGGAUGGGGAGGUUUAAUCACAAGAAUGUUGCAAAAUGUGCUGCGAGGAUGGGACAGUGCUUCUCAUCUACAUAUGCAACUGUGGAGGUUGCAGCACAUGAUUCAAUACCUGAUAUCAAGAGGAAUAAUUAUGAUUUCUCUGAUGGAAUCGGUAUUAUUAGACCUGAUCUUGCAAGAGCAGUAGCUGAGAAAUUGAAAUUGGAUGAUGUGCCCUCUGCAUACCAGAUCAGAUAUGCUGGUUUUAAAGGGGUUGUAGCCUGUUGGCCAGCUAGAGAGGAUGGGGUCCAACUUUUAUUAAGACCAAGUAUGAACAAAUUUGAAUCCACCCACACCACUUUGGAGAUCUGCUCUUGGACUAGGUUUCAACCUGGUUUCCUUAAUAGGCAAAUCGUGACAUUGCUUUCAGCACUGAAUGUGCCCGAUGAAGUAUUUUGGAACAUGCAGGAGGCUAUGGUUUCGAAGUUAAACAAAAUGCUUGUGGAUGCAGAUGUGGCUUUUGAUGUUCUUACGAAGUCUUGUGCUGAGCAUGGAAAUGCUGCGGCAAUAAUGUUGAGUGUUGGUUUUAGCCCUGAAUUGGAACCUCAUCUUAGAGGCAUAUUAACAUCCGUACGUGCUGCACAGCUUUGGGGCCUUAGAGAAAAGGCCAGGAUCUUUGUUUCAUCUGGGCGAUGGUUAAUGGGCGUGUUAGAUGAGGAGGGUGUGCUUGAACAAGGACAGUGCUUCAUUCGAGUCUCUACCCCUUCUCUUGAAAAUUGUUUUGCAAAACAUGGCUCAAGAUUCAAAGAGACAAAGAAUCUACAAGUAGUUAAAGGUUUGGUGGUUAUAGCUAAAAAUCCUUGUCUUCACCCUGGAGACGUAAGAAUUUUGGAAGCAGUUGAUGCUCCUGGUUUACAUCACUUACAUGAUUGCCUUGUUUUUCCUCAAAAGGGUGAUAGACCCCAUACAAACGAAGCUUCUGGAAGUGACCUUGAUGGGGACCUCUAUUUUGUUACAUGGGAUGAGAAUCUUAUUCCACCCCGUAAGAGGAGUUGGACGCCUAUGGAUUAUAUAUCUCAAGAAAGCAAACUUCUGGCACGUCAAGUUACUACUCGAGACAUAGUAGAAUUUUAUGUGAGAAAUAUGGCAAAUGAGAAUUUGGGGACAAUCUGCAAUGCACAUGUAGUACAUGCUGAUCUUAGUGACUAUGGCGCAUUGGAUGAGAAGUGCAUAACCUUGGCUGAGUUGGCAGCCACGGCUGUUGACUUUCCAAAAACUGGAAAGAUUGUCACCAUGCCUUCUCACUUGAAGCCAAAACUAUACCCUGAUUUUAUGGGGAAGCAGCCACACCAGUCUUAUAAAUCCAAGAAAAUCCUUGGUAGACUUUACAGGCGAAUUAGAGAUACUUAUGAUGAAGACUUGGAUAGCACUAGUUUGAAGCAUGUAACUGGCGAUAUACCUUAUGAUGCUAGUCUUGAGGUUCCCGGGGCUGCUGAGUUUAUUAACGAUGCAUGGGAUCAGAAGUGCUCUUAUGAUGGUCAGCUAAAUGGACUGCUUAAUCAGUACAAAGUGGAAAGAGAAGAAGAAAUUGUAACUGGACAGAUCUGGUCCAUGCCCAAAUACAGCAGCAGAAAGCAAGGUGAUCUUAAAGAAAGGCUCAAGCAUGCCUACAGUACUCAGAAAGAAUUUAGGCAAAAUUUUGAGCAAUUGAAUUCAAAUAUGGAAGAAUUAAGUGAUGAAGAAAAACAUUUAUUAUAUGAGCAGAAGGCAUCAGCCUGGUAUCAGGUCACAUAUCAUCCUGAAUGGGUUAAGAAGUCCCUUGAUCUUGGAGACAAAUCUGUUGAUCAUGGAAAUAAAGUGAUGCUGAGUUUCCCAUGGAUUGCAGUCGAUUACCUGGCUCGUAUUAAGAUAAAGAACAAAGGAGUUGGAAGUGUUGAUUCUACUAAGCCGAUUGGUUCUUUAGCAGAAUAUCUAGCCGAAAGGCUAUAAAUCUUCAUUUUCUGCUCCAAGCUUCGCUUCAAGGCCACUCUGCCAUUCUUACAAAUAGAUGCUGUGACGUUGCAUUUAGUUAAUAUGCCCUGUAAUUUGCUGUACGUUUGGUGUUUCAGUUUUACUGCCUUGCUUUUAAGAUACUGAGCCAUAUUCCCAUCUUGUUUUACCCGGCAAAAAUGUGCUUAUUGUCACGUUAUGCAUUGGACUGUACUUUCUUCUGUAAAUGUUGUGCCUGUGGUGAUGGAGAUGCCAGAGAGCAGCAAGCAGAAUUUGCUGUAAUACAAGUUCUCGUACAUGUGGACCCAACCGUUGAAAGAUUUAAAUUUACAGGCCCUGUGAUCAUACUUAA